CAGUAUAUAACUCCCCUUCAGUUCCGCUACAACACAUCUCCCUCAGUCACUCACUCACACUCAAAAGCUCUUUGGCAUUUAUCUGGACCAACAAUCUUUGUCUUCCAACCAUUCCUUGAACAACUCAACUUAUACACUUACAAAGUAAACAACACUUACUACAACAUGAAGGUCACUCUUCAGCUCAUCACCGCUGCCCUUGCAGUCUCUGUCGCAGCCCAUCCUCAAAACGGACCCGGCGGUAGAAAGCCCAGCAGUACCACCACUGCUGCCGCUGCCUCUUCAACAACUGCUGCUCCCGGCCGAGGAGCCAUGUCUUCUCUGCCCUUCCUACCAACCUGGUUCUUCAGAGACUCCAGCGCCAACAAGUGCAUCAGCACUUACAACAACUGCUUGAUCACCAACUCAUCCAACCAAUCAUCCUGCGCUUCCAACUACGCAGCAUGCAUCAAGGGUGGAUCUUCUACUACCGGUUCUGCCACAUCAGCCCAGACAGCCACCUCAACUGUUUCAAGCGCCGGUGGUCCUCCUACUCACACCUUUUCUCGACCCUCUGUUUCUGGUAUUGCUCAGUGGUGGAGAAACGAGCAGAGCAUCCGAAGAUGCAACUACGCCUACUACGUCUGCCGCAGAAAGUCUGGAUCCACUCAGACAUCUUGCGCUUCUGACCGAACUGCAUGCUUGGCUUCCGCCAGGGCCACUGGAACCGCCACCGCUGUGCCUACCAGUAUUCCUACCAGCAUCCCGACCAGCGCAGCUACUACCACUGCUACUGGAUCAGCAGCUACUUCUUCGGCCGUUUCCUCUUCGACUACUGCUGUCGCUGCGGGCACUGGCGCUGCUGAUGCCGACGCUCCUCUCAACUCUGACGAUCCCUCUUUUGAUGACGAGAACUACGACGCUGAUACUGCUUAAGCAUGUCGAAAACCUAUGGUCAAAGGAAAAAUACAACACAUCAAGCAAAAUUUUCUUACUGUUAAUUGGAUUACGAAUUAUUGAGUCUAUUGGGGAGGCCUCCCGUAUUUCCAUGAACUGGCAUGGCACAUUGGUGCUACAACCUUCCCUUAGUUAAUAUUGAUGUCCUUUGAUGCAAAGAGCUAGAGUACAUCUUAGACAAAGAAUCAUAAAGUUGUUUGCCAGCAC